AUGGCGAUUUCCCAGCAUUCUCUUCCCAAAUACUUGCAAGAUCCUUUGGUGUCCAAAGAAUGCAAAGACCUGAUGUCCACCUUGUCCAAAAAUAGAGGGUGGGUUUUACCUGUUAUGUAUAAUUACCAAGGUUUUUGGCAUAGCAUUUCACACCUACAAGGAGUCCUUUCGUUUCAAAAACAUUUUCCUGCACAAGAUACCGAUAUCUUCGUCGUUACAGCUCCGAAAUCAGGCACGACGUGGUUAAAGGCCAUCUCUUUCGCUAUACUAAACCGAACCAGUUAUCCUAUCACUUCUGGAGACCACCCUUUGCUAAAAACCAAUUCCCAUGAACUUGUGCCAUUUGUGGAAGACAUCUAUGCCGAUAACCCGAAUCCUGACUUCUCUUCGAUGCCUCCUCCUAGACUCUUUGCCACUCAUGUCUCGCACGUUUCGCUACCUGAAUCCGUCCAUGUUUCCAAAUGUAAGAUUGUUUAUAUGUGCAGGAACCCGAAAGACUUGUUUGUUUCUGCAUUUCAUUUUACGAACAAGUUGAGGCUGGAACAUAUGGGGGUCAAUUCGAUCGAAGAAAUGUUUGAUUUGUUUUGCAAAGGAGUGUCCCUAUAUGGUCCUUACUGGGACCAAGUGCUAGGGUAUUGGAAUGAGAGUCUGCAAAGGCCUAAACAAGUGUUGUUUUUGAAGUAUGAGGAGAUGAAAGAGCAUCCAGGUACUGAGUUGAGAAAACUAGCCGAGUUUUAUGGCUGCCCGAUUACGCCGAAAGAAGAGGAAGAGGGUAUUGUGGAUGCCAUCUUACGUUUGUGUAGCUUUGAAACUUUGAGCAAUCUAGAGGUGAACAAAAACGGAACUCUGACGACUGGCUUAUCGAAUCAGGCGUAUUUCCGCCGAGGUGAGAUCGGGGACUGGAAGAAUCAUUUAACAGCCGAGAUGGUGGAACAACUAGACAUGAUCACUGAAGACAAGUUUCAUGGUUCGGGAUUAACAUUUUGAAUGAUAAUUUCAUCCGGGUUUGUUUUAAAAACAACCAUCGACUCAAGUUUUAUGUGAGCUUUUCAAAUUUACAGUUUGAAAGUGAUCAUGGGACACCUAAUAGGUCGAUGGUAAUAAAACUGUAUGUGUGAAAUAGUGUUUGGAUUUAUUUAAAUUGUUUGAAGAUGUAAUAGUCAAUAUUUGAAAAGGUAAUAAA